AAGGAUGUUUUUUCAACAAAACUAAAAAAACAAAAGGGGGGGGGGGUCGUUACAGUUCUGCAGCGAUGUGGUGACUUCCUGUCAGAAGACAACAGGAUGGAGGUCGCUCAGCUCUGCCUCAUGCUCUCGACUCUGAGCAUCUCUCCAGAGCGGUCGCAGUUCCGCCGCUAUGAGACUAUCUUCCUGAACUGUGAGGCCAACUCCACCGGCUGGACCGUGAAGAGGAACACGUCUAUGCGCUUCAAUCAGAACUGUCAGUACGGAUGGGGGAUCCCCGAAGAGUCCUCCUGCAGGAUCGACACCGCCUACCCAUCAGACACCGGGGUGUACUGGUGUCAAAACGAUCACGGGGAGUGCAGCAACGUCGUCAACGUUACAGUCACUGAGUCACCUGUGAUCAUGGAAAGCCCCCCGUAUGGCGUCACUGAGGGGGACAGUGUGACUCUGCGCUGCUCCUACAAGGAAGAACACCAAGACUCCUCAACCUCAAACUUCAGCGCCAACUUCUACCAGGAUGGGGAGUUCCUCGAGGAGGGAAAGGAGGGGAGGAUGGUCCUCACCUCCAUCUCUCGGUCUUCUGAAGGUUUCUACACGUGUGAACACUCGUCCAGAAGGAAGAUGUCAGCAAAGAGCUGGCUGGCAGUCAAAGCCAAAGUAAAGCUUCCUGAAGCUCCUCCCACCCCUGAUCCUCCUCACAUCAUAUGGAUCAGAAUCACUGCUGGAGUGAUGGUCUUCGUCCUACACAUCACGGUCUUCCUCCUGUGCCUGUACACCUACCGCAGGUGGGCUCGAGGUCGAGGUGUUGCCAGAAAAUGAGAAACACAGAAGAUGGAAUCGCGACUUAAACCUGCUUUUCUUCUGGAAUUCUCCUGACUGAUGGCCAAUUUUCAAUAGAAAAAGUUAAUUUUGCAGUGAGUCCAUUGAAAGAAGCAGAAGAUGCUUUAUUGCUGAAUAUAGUAGCUCAGUCCAUGUGUGAACUGGUGUUGGCCUGACAUCCUUGGUGUAUUUCAAGAAUUUACGUUAUUAACGAUGAAAAAAUUCUCCCCUCCAUACUUGAUUCAAGAAAUACCGACUCGUCGCAUUUUCGGGCAGGCACUCUGCAGAGUUACAGGUUACUCCCAUAAGGCGGGUCAGUCAAUUAACUCACCUGCUCAGUGUCCUAUUUAAGCCCAGGUGCCCAGUUGUUCAUUCUCUUUCUUACCUUCAGCGCUCAUUCUUCGCCCCUACCUCCUCCCCGGCUUCCACCUGUGGGCUCCGUUACGGGGUUUUUGUUACCCGAAAGUGUAAGAAAAAAAGAAUUAUCUCAAGGAAUUGAACGGAGCCUUAUGCCAAAACGAA